AUGUCUCAAUCGGAUCUAACUCGGUUUUUUGAAUCUUUUAACGAUCAAAAUACUGAAAUUCAACAGCAGUCAUCAGCUAGUGGUGAUGCUGUGAUCAAUAGCGAUUCACAAACAAAAAAAUCACCUUUAUGCAAAGCAAAAGAUCAAAACUCGAAUGCCGGUGGUCCGAUUCGUAACACUCGGAAAAAGGACCAAAUUUCACCAAUCACUCAACGUCUUAGAAAAGCCGCAACCUUUCAAGACUCUUGGAAAUCAAAGUUUCCUUGGUUAAGAAUAGAAGAGCGUGUUCCUCCUAAUGGCGACUCAUCAGGAACUCGACAGAUUGUCAUGUUUUGUAGUAUUUGCGAAAAAAUUAAAAUCAAAACAACGCUCUGGUCUACAACCGGGUGUACGAUGUAUAAAGCUGAUUAUCUUAGACGACACGAAGUCUCAAAAGAACAUGCCAUAAACACUUUCUUUCUUUCUCAACAUAAAUUUACUCUUAAUGUUAUUAAAGAUCUUACGGACUUUAUUACUUUUCAAUCUCAAAAUCAAAUUGAUACUAAUAAUAUCACCAAUAAAGAACUUGCAAUUCUUCGCCCUCCCAAGCUACCUUCUAAAAAUAAAAUUUCUUUCAGAGAUCUUUCUAUACCUCAUAAUCACGUUACACAUUCAAGUAGAUCUAUUAAUCACGAAUUUCUUGAGAUUAAUUCAAAAAUAAUCGAAAAAGCUGUUGUCAAUGAAAUAAAUAAAUCUUUAUGUUGGAGUCUUUUGGUCGAUGAAAGUGAUUCGAAUUCCUCAACAUCUGAGAAAACUUUGACUCUAGCUUCUAAACAUGUUGUGGAUGAUUUACCGGUGUUACGAUUUUUGGGUCUAUUAAAAAUUUCAAACACUUCUCCUGAGUCUCUCUUGGCUGCAAUUGAUAAUUUUAUCUCGCAAAAAGCUUUAAACACUUCAACUUUAUUACAUUUUGGUAGCGUUGGUUCUUCUAAUAUUUCUGGGGUGCAUUAUGGACUUUUCACUUUGCUCAAACAAAGAAAUCCUUUUAUAUCUUCCAAUCAUUGUGUUAUACAUCGUGUUCACAUGGCUAUAGAUGAUGCGACAAAAGAUAUUCCAUAUUUUCAAACGUACAAAGACUUAGUCAAGGGAAUUUACACCUAUUUCUCUGAUUCUUACAGAAAAAUGUAUGAUUUAAGAGAUAUUGAAGAGGAAAUAGACAAUCCUGAUUUAUUUAUAUUGAACAAAAAAGAGACAAGUUGGCUUUCUUGGGCACAAGUCAUCCACAACUUUCAUAUGAUUAUUGAUGAUGUUUAUACUGAGUUAGAAUCUCAAUCGGGUGUUUCUAAUAUGGCAAAAUUUUUAUAUGAUUCAAUUGAUACUGAAUUUUAUGUAGUCACAAAGUUCUUAGCUGAUAUUAUGGAGAUUAUAAUGUCAAUGAUUAACGUAUUUCAAAGUGAUUACGUCUCAUUAAGUGAAACUAGGAAACAAUUGAAUAUGGUCAUUGAAACAAUCACCACCAAUUUUAUUGGUACUGAAUUUUCGACUCCUAAUUAUGGUACAUACCUCUUGAUGUACAUGAAUGAAAAUUCUUUAUCUAAUUAUGAUUUACCAGGAAUCGUUGUCCAAUUUUCAUUAAACAUUAUUCAAAGUUUACGAAAUCAUUUCCCAACUUCACAUCUAUAUCAUGCUAUGCGAAUUCUUGAUCCUUCCGAAUCUCCCGAUGAUCAAGAGUCUUUAAGAACAUAUGGUGACUCUGACAUAAAAUUUCUUGCUGACUUCUAUGGAGUCUCUAAACCAAUCACUCUUAACAAUACAUACCAUCCUCCGAUUAUUGAUAAUAAAGGUGUGAUAAGAGAGUGGCAAAUGGCAAAAUAUUUAAUUCAUGGUUAUCGAAAUUUUUCGUUUAUGGAGGCUUGGAAAAAAAUUUGGGUCCAAAAUUUUCAGUUUAGAAAUCAAUUUCCUCAAUUGACAAAAUUGGUGGAGAUUGCACUUACCAUGCCAAUUUCUAAUGGUACAGUAGAACGUGUAUUUUCUCGUCAUCAUUUGAUAAGAAAUGAAUUGAAUACUGAAAUUCUUAGUUAUUAUUUACAUUUAACCCUUAAUGCUCCUGAAUCAUGGGAGUGUUUUGAUUAUGAAAAAGCUUAUGAGCAUUGGAUUGAGCUUUCUAAAGCUAAUUAA